GGGGGUGAUCCAAACUCUUUGGGACAAAAGAAGAAAGGCAAGCAUUCCACCAUUAUACAACUUUACUAACAGUCAAAAUCAAAGAUGGGCAAAAACAAACUGAAUGUGGCCAAGAAAGAACAACUUGCUGCUGCAGCACAAAUAAAGGAAAAUUCACAAGACGUUCCUGCUGAUUCUUCACAAGCAACCUAUGUCUCUGAAGACUACGAUAACAGCAGCACCAAUGCUUUCAUGUGGUUGUUAGCGUUCUCAGUCUUGAUGUUUACAUUUCCCUUUCUUACAUUUUAUGCGGUUCGUUCCUGGCUGGAAGAGUCAUUUGACUUCGACACUUUCCAAAGAAAUUGUUUUUCCGUAUUGGCUUCGGUGUUAGUGGUUAAUUUCAUUGUUUGCCUUUAUGUCUAUAAAGCAUUUAGCGAAAAUGAUGGUCCCACCCCAAAACCUUCCAAUAACGCAAACAAAAAACAAGACUAAAUUUGAAUAAGAAGACAAAGUAUAUUUCUGCUUUAGUAUUGUUAUCAUAAGUAUCAUUUUGAAUAAAGAUCAUUCAUACAAAAUUUGUAACCAAAACUAA